AUUCGCCCAAAAAACAACUUACAGGAUGAGAAGGAGGGGUUGAGGUUGCGGGCGGAAGGGAAGAAGAUUGAGCAACAGAUUGCGCCGGCACGCCGCACAACUCCAGAAGCGGCCAACGAUCGCGCACUAAGCACACUUGGCUGUCAUGAACAGCCCAGGCGCCGUUUCGGGCGUGAAAAUGGCAUUCAAGAACGUGCAGUUAGCGUUACUAUUGAGGCAAACUGGAUGAUUUGCAGUUCGGACUGCGAAACGGGAUCUCUGGGAGUGGAAAAUGACGAUGCGACGGCGAGCGCGUUCAGAAAAAUUUCAAGAUUUCUUCAUAUUCCACAUGAAAGCUCUACCAAUACAGCGGAACAUUCCGAAGCUAAUCGAUACACGAUGUGGACACUCAAGCCACGAGCAAUCACUCGUGCAAAGUCGACCUAA